AAUAUAUUUCAUAGGAUGUUUCAAUCAGUGAUGUUUGUGGUUUGUGUAGAUAUCGACUGUGUGUGAACGACGAAGUAACUACGUAACUACCAUUUUCAAUUGUUCGUGAGGUUUCAAAUUGAGUUGAAAAAAGAAAAUGAAGCUAGUGCAAUUACUAACCGUAUGGAAUUUUUUGCUGGUAUACGAGACUGCAGCAAGCACUGUGUUCAUAUGCAAUUAUGGAAUGUCAAAAAUGAUAGAACUAACAACCAGGCCACCUUAUUGCGUGGUUCAGAAAGAUAAAGGAAAAAUUAGAGAUAUGUUACUCAAUACGGAUUCAACAAAAAUGAAACAGAUGUCUGAUAACUCGAUUGAAGAACUCGAGGAAGCCUGCAAGAAAAGUCAAAUCAAAUCGCCUUUUCAGGGUGGUUUCAUAUAUCCAGGAACAAAGUGGUGUGGGCCAGGAAAUAAGGCCCAGAAUCACACGGAUCUAGGUUUCCACGUUAAAGAGGAUAAAUGCUGUAGAGACCAUGAUAAGUGUCCCAGAUUUCUUUCAACUGGUGAAUGCUCCCAGGGCAUUUGCAAUAAUUCUCCGUUUACAAGGUCUCAUUGUGACUGCGAUGCGGCAUUCAGGAAGUGUUUACAGAACGUAAACAGUGAAACAGCCAACACAAUUGGUGCAAUAUUUUUCAAUAUCAUCCAAGUUAUUUGCUUUAAAGAGAGAACCCCUUGCACCCCUUGGCAAAGAUGGAUUAAUAUUCCAGAGAAAUACAAUGACAAAUGUGCAUUAAAUUUCAAGAAAUCAGCUAGGAAUGGGUAUACUAAAGCUGAAGCAGAUGCUCUCUGCGCUCAAAUCCACUUCAGGCCAUCCGAGAAAUAUGUUCCUUUAAUGCCAUUGCUGUGAACACAUACUUUAACACCGCUGGCAUCAUGUUGUUGAUUCUCCUAUGUUUUUAGUUAAUUCAGUUUUCAGUCUUUAGUGAAAUUUAACAAAAAAGUUUCACUAUCAAAGUGGAAUGAUUUUACGCAUAUUCUCAUCCUUGUUACUUUUAACCACUGUCAACCCUCAAAUCUUCGAUGUUGUCGAAUGUUCAAUGGGUCGAAUGUUGCCUUUUUCGAGAAAGGAUAUACUCGUAAUUACAUUUCUCACAAUACCCUACUUGUUGAAUUUCACUUUGACAAUCAACUCGAAAACGGCAUUAAGAACUGUAGUCCUUAGGUUUGAAAUUAUCGAAGUAAAGGGUCGGAUUUAGGAGAGAGCGUGUGGGGCUAGUGCCCCGGGGCCUCCAUAGGAGAGGAGCCCCACACUAAAAAUAACAAAAAUAUCCAAAUUUUGACGGGUCAGCAACUUUUACGUGUUUCCUCCCAAAACAUUUUUUUCCAUUUACUAUCAAUUGUUAAUUUGAUCGAGCAUUUCAGUGGCAACACUUUUUUUAAUGAGUAAUUUGUACCCAUGAGUUGAACAGGAAUGAACUAAGUAAAAAAACGAAAAACGGUUAACCCUGCAGGCCUUUCUUAAAACUUCUCGCUUCUUCAAACUCAAAAUUUCAAAAAUUAUUUGACAGAAUCACUUGAAUGGAAUUUUUUAAACGCCACUAUCCAUUA